GGUUGUAUGGUCGAAAUGUCUCUCUACUGGAUACUUCUGGACGUGAUUAACGCGUUUUGGUUUUAAACUCGCCGUUGGAGUGGGAUUAUGAUUCACCGACAGGUCAUUCUGUCGCAGUAACUCCCUGACCUUCUCCUCAGGAUUUGAUGUGAACUUUGAGUUGGCGAAUCAUAAUGCUGCUACACCUGUGUAGUGUAAAGAACCUGUACCAGAGCAGGUUCCUGGGCCUGGCGGCGAUGACCUCGCCAUCUAGGAGCUCACAGAACCGGCGCUGGUGCAAGGAUGGGAUGCGAUUCAGCUUUGUUCACCCCAACAACCCCAGCGAUGCUCUGGCUCUGCCCCGGUCUACAAGUGAUACGGAUCUGGUGUCCUUGCAAAGCCGUUCCGCCCUAACAGUCAGCACUUCCCUCUACUGCAUUGGCCAAUCAGACGACAUUGUCAUCUGCUGGGACAUUAAAGAGGAAGUGGAUGCUGGUGACUGGAUUGGCAUGUACAUUAUUGAUGAGGUUCUGUCUGAAAACUUUCUUGACUAUAAGAGUCGUGGUGUGAGUGGCUCCCACAAAGGGCAGAUCGUGUGGAAGAUCGAUGCCAGCUUGUACUUUGUGGAGGCUGAGACGAAGGUUUGUUUCAAAUAUUACCAUGGAUUGACUGGAGCGCUUAGAGCCACUACACCCAGCGUGAUAGUGCGGAACCCCUCUGCCUCUGCAUUGAAACCUGUCAUCCAUCAGGAUGUUUCUCAGACUUUGGGCAGCAGGAGGCUCAUCAGCUUCUCUCUGUCAGACAUUCAGGCAGUGGGUCUAAAGAAGGGAAUGUUUUUUAAUCCAGAUCCAUACCUGAAAAUCGCUAUCCAGCCUGGAAAGCACAGCAUCUUCCCUGCUCUGCCCCACCACGGUCAGGAGAAAAGGUCAGGCAUCAUCUGCAACACAGUGAACCCGGUCUGGAAGAGAGAGCGAUUUAAAUUUGUUUCCCUGCCGACGGAUGUGUUGGAGAUUGAGGUGAAAGAUAAAUUUGCCAAGAGCAGACCCAUCAUCAAACGCUUCCUGGGAAAACUGGUCGUGCCUGUACAGAGGCUGGUGGAGAAGCAUGCUAUUGGGGACCGUGUGGUGAGUUACACUUUAGGCCGGCAGCUUCCAACGGAUCAUGUCAGUGGACAGCUGCAGUUUCGGUUUGAUAUAACCUCCUCCGUUCACCCAGAUGAUGAUGAGGUGUCCCUCAAUGCAAUGCCAGUCUAUGAUGUAGUUCCAGACCAGGAGGCUGUUCAAAAGCGCUGCGAAGGCCUACCAGCUGCAGCCAAUCUACCUAUGCAGGAUGCGUUGAGUUUGGGGCCUGGCAUGCCAGAGGUCCCUGACAAAUGUCCUCCAGAAGCAGAGACCCAGGAUGUUGCACCUUCCUCCCCAACUGAGCCCAGGAAGGAGACCCAACCAGAUACAGAAGGAUCAGAGAAUGCAGGAGUAAGUGAUCUUGUAACCGGCCAUGGGGAGGGCAGGAACGCAGAGGCAAUACUUAGUGAUGUUACAACUGAAACUGAAGAGCAGGACCCCAGAAAAACAGACGAAGAACCAGGGGAAAUGCAGGAGGAAGCUUUGUGUGAGACUCCAAUGGAGGCUUUUGAAGAUACAGGUGGAGGUGACACGGGAAGUGCUGCAGAUUUAGGUACGGAGCACGUAGACGUUGGGGAGGGCUUGGGCCCUGAGCAAAUGGAAAUGAGGGUAGAAGGAGAUGGGAAUGCAGAAGAACCUUGUUCCCCAAGGAUGCGUAGUACCUUGAAGCGCAAGAGCCGGCCUUGCUCGCUUCCUGUGUCUGAGUUAGAGACAGUCAUCGCCUCAACCUGUGGUGAACCUGAGACACCCCGGUCUCACUACAUCCGCAUUCAUCAUCUACUGCACAGCUUGCCUUCAGCACAACGCCACCAUAACAGUCAAGAUGAAGAUGAGGUACCAGAAUCUUCGGAGGAGCUCACUGUCAAACCCAAGGAGGACAAAGAAGAAGAGGUGGAUGAGGAUGAAGUGUCCGAGGCUCAGUCACCAUCCAUAGUCCCCGAGUGUCCCAAACCGUGUUGCCGUCGGACGCUGCCGCGUAGCCUCUCCAUCGAGCAUCUGUCAGAACUCAACCAGCUUCUGGAGGGAGAAAGACCCUCACCAUCCACCCUGCGGCCAGAUAGUGAAGACAGAGGUGGAAGUAGACGGGGUCCUAGCGAGUGUGAACUGUGCGACAAUUCCUGCUACAGCACUUCGUGUUACAGCACGUCCUGUUACAGCACUUCCUGUUAUAGUAACUCGGGUUACGAGGGGCGUAACCAUCUCUGCAGCCAUACACGCCUUUCUUCGGUAGAUAGCACCCGUUUGUCAGAGAGCACUGUUUUCUCCUCGCAGGAGGAAGAGGAGGAGGAGAACAGUGCUUUUGAGUCCAUCUCAGACUCGAUGCAAAGCCCAGAUGUUAGGGGGCCAGGAGACGGGUCGGCUCAGUCGAGGGGGUCGUCGUCGGAAAAUAGUCCCCUGAGAGAAGACCAGGGCGAGGAAUCACCAGUAGCUGGACCGAGUGUUAGGUCAUCAGGCAGUUGUCAUAUGCAAUGCAGUCAUCAUGCAAUCACUCAGCUUCCUGCUUUGCGGCCUGACCCCCAUCAUUACCCAAGUGUUGAUGAACCAUUACCUCCAAAUUGGGAGGCCAGGAUAGACAGUCAUGGCCGUGUUUUCUAUGUGGACCAUGUGAACCGCACCACCACGUGGCAGAGACCCAGUCAUGCAGCCAAGUGCACAGGCAUCCAGAGAUCCAGCUCCACUCAACAGAUGGAGCAGCUCAACAGGAGGUAUCAGAACAUUCAGAGGACUAUGGCUACAGAUGAUGAAUCAGCCAGUCAUGGUCAUGAGAGGAACAACAGUCCGGAUACAGAGAAUGAAUCCACACCACAGACAGCAGAUCAGAGAACAGAAGGUUCUGCAUCUCCUGUGAAUAAUCAGAACAUCACACUAUUGCUUCAAUGUCCAGCUGUAAAGUUUGUUAGCCACCCAGAAUUCUUCACAGUCCUCCAUGCCAACUGUGGGGCGUAUAGGAUGUUUACCAGCAGCACCUGUCUGAAGCACAUGAUUCUGAAAAUACGACGAGAUGUGCGCAACUUUGAGCGAUAUCAACACAACCGCGACCUUGUGACUUUCCUCAACAAAUUUGCUGAUACUCAACUGGAGCUCCCCAGAGGCUGGGAAAUCAAAACUGACCAGCAGGGCAAGUCAUUCUUUGUGGACCAUAACAGUCGUGCAACGACCUUCAUUGACCCCAGAAUUCCCCUUCAGAAUGGCCGUCUGCCCAAUCACCUCACACACAGACAACACUUACAAAGACUGCGCAGCUAUAGUGCAGGAGAGGCAUCAGAGGUGUCCCGCAACAGAGGAGCAUCACUUGUGAACAGACCUGGACACAGUCUUGUAGCUGCUGUCAAAAGUCAAUGCCAGCCUGAUUCAGUGCCUCUAGCUUACAAUGACAAGAUUGUGGCUUUCCUCCGUCAACCAAACAUACUGGAUGUGCUGCAGGAACGGCAGCCCAGUCUAGCCAGGAAUCACACACUCAGGGAGAAACUCCAUUACAUCAGGAGUGAGGGUCCACAAGGUGUUGAAAAGCUGUCUUGUGACGCAGACGUGGUUAUACUAUUAAGUCUGUUUGAGGAGGAGAUCAUGUCUUUUAUUCCAUCUCACUCCUUCCACCCCGGCCUCAGCUUCUCUCCACGCUGUUCUCCUGGCUCCUCACCACAGAGCUCACCUGGCUUGCAGAGGGCUAGAGCGCCUGCUCCAUACCGCAGAGACUUUGAAGCGAAACUUCGCAAUUUUUACAGGAAGCUGGAGGCAAAAGGCUAUGGCCAGGGGCCAGGAAAAAUUAAGCUAAUCAUUAGGAGGGAACAUUUACUGGAAGGCACCUUUAAUCAAGUGAUGGCAUACUCGCGCAAAGAGCUCCAGAGGAACAAGCUCUACAUCACCUUUGUCGGAGAGGAAGGUUUGGACUACAGUGGCCCAUCGCGGGAGUUCUUCUUCCUGUUGUCUCAAGAGCUGUUUAACCCAUAUUAUGGUUUGUUCGAAUAUUCAGCCAAUGACACGUACACCGUGCAGAUUAGCCCCAUGUCUGCAUUUGUGGAGAAUCAUUUAGAAUGGUUCCGUUUCAGUGGUCGUAUUUUGGGUCUGGCUUUGAUCCACCAGUAUUUGUUGGAUGCUUUCUUCACCCGUCCAUUCUACAAGGCCCUGCUUAAACUAGUGACAGAUCUAAGUGAUUUGGAGUACCUGGAUGAGGAGUUUCAUCAGAGCUUACAGUGGAUGAAGGACAACGAUAUCACUGAUAUACUGGAUCUGACGUUUACAGUCAACGAGGAGGUCUUUGGACAGGUGACAGAGAGGGAACUGAAGUCAGGGGGAUCCAACAUCCAAGUGACAGAGAAGAACAAGAAGGAAUACAUUGAACGCAUGGCCAGAUGGAGGGUGGAGAGGGGGGUGGUACAGCAGACCGAAUCCCUUGUACGAGGUUUCUACGAGGUUGUAGACUCUCGUCUGGUGUCAGUGUUCGAUGCUCGUGAGCUGGAGCUGGUCAUCGCAGGGACGGCCGAGAUUGAUUUGAAUGACUGGAGAUCCAACACAGAGUACAGAGGAGGUUACCAUGAUGGUCACAUUGUGAUGCGUUGGUUCUGGGGCGCAGUGGAGCGCUUCAAUAAUGAACAGAGGCUGCGACUGCUCCAGUUUGUGACGGGAACGUCCAGCAUCCCCUAUGAGGGUUUUGCUGCACUGCGCGGGAGCAACGGCCUGCGGCGCUUCUGCAUUGAAAAGUGGGGAAAGGUCACCUCUUUGCCAAGGGCGCAUACAUGCUUCAACCGUCUGGAUAUGCCUCCCUAUCCAUCAUACACUAUGCUGUAUGAGAAACUUCUAACUGCUGUGGAAGAGACCAGCACCUUUGGCCUGGAGUGAAAGCAUGCAGGAAACAUAUAAGACUUGAUUUUUUUAAAUGCAAUUACACAAUAGACUUUUUAGAGAUUUUUUAAAUAAAUAUAUCUAACAAAUCGUUUGAUUUGAGGACGGAGGCAUUUGAUAUGUUGUUUUGUUUGUAUUUUUGGUUCAAGAUGGCUUGAAAUAGCAUGUUUCUGCACUAAAAUGCAAGAUAUAUUGUAAUAUUCAGUCAUAAUGGAAGUAUUGUGGGAAAACCACAAUGUAUGCAAUAGUGAAAGAAGAACCAGAAAACCUUCCAGCCUAUUGUAUCGAACUGACUUCCUGCUCAUCAUCACUCUAUUGGUCAGGCAUCAACAUAUCCCCUCUGUGAUUGGUAUUGCCAUGCUUAUGGGCACCUAAGGAUGGUUACCACCUUUCACCUCACUAGCUUCGGCCCUGCUUAUGGGUAUAUGACUCUCUUAACAUAUGGUCAUCUAUGACAUCCAAUACCUGGCCAUAUUCGGAAUGGAAUACUAGCAUACUGAUUACUACAUACUACACAGUAUUUACUAUAUACAACAUACUAUUUUAUAGUAUGCAAGUAGUAUGCAAAACAGUAUAUACAAAGUAUAUACAAACCAAAUUGCAACAUAAACCUUUCAAACUGUAGUAUGCUACAUUGUUGUCACAUUGCCUUAUUAGGUUGCAUGUUCAAUACUAUUAUCAUUUAAGUUUUAUAUCAUUUUAUUUAAAAAUGUCUUCACUUUUGGCAGUCCCGUCAAAUAUAAAAUAAAAAAGAUGUAAAAAAUUGCACUUGUUCAUACUGGAAACACAUUUUUAUAACAUAAAAUGACUCCAUGAUGUAUUCUCUGCUUGCACAUUUUGCUAAAUGUAUUAGGUCAUCUAGGAAUUCUACAGAAAAUUCACAUCUUGUGCAGAGUACAGUGUACAUACUGCAAAAGUACUAUAGUAGUAUGAUAGUAUGCUAAUCCGAACAUAGCCACUGGCACCAAACCUGGUAACUCAUUUAAAAUGUCAUGCUCAUAUCAUUGGCUAUGUCUGCCUCUACAUUAUCCCUGUGAAGAGUUUUAUUGCACACAUACUUUGAAAUAUUCAACCUUUCUGAUUUUGACAAUGACUCAUUUAAUCAAAGUGGCUGUUAAGACGAUGACCUAAAAAAAGUCUAAAACCUGUUCAAGAUCUUGUCACCUUAUUAAUCUGAUGAGUGCUCAAAAACUUUAAGUAAGAAGUACAUAUGGAAACAGGUACAAGUAAAGACAUACAUAAAACAUUUAUGGAGUUUUUUUGUUCCUUGCCAUAGUCGCCUUCGGCUUGCGCACUGGGGUUACAAAUAUAAUUAUUAUUGAAUUACUUAUUUUAAAACACAAUUCACAAUCGUAUUUUAACUAAUUACACAAUGAUGAUUCAUCGACAUUAUAGACAUUACAGUUUUAUCUUCUGUUAAUGCCUGAUCAUCUUGUUGACAUGUUGUGAAAGGCACUUUACAAAUAAAAUUGACUUGACUUGACAUACACAUGACACAGGUGAUGUAAGUGACUUCACUGUUUAACCAAUUUAGUAACCCAAGUACUAAGCUCAUCAGAUCUGUCUUAUGCCAGAGUCUUUGUGGCCACAUCAAAAAUAACUGUAAUUCUUUUGAACAAUGCUUCUUAAAGGUCAAAUAUUUUUAGGGCCCAGGGAUGAGAAUCUGAAAAUGACACAAGGCAAUUGCAUGACUUUGGAUCCAAUUCCAGUUGUAAAAUAUCCCUGAGAUAUUUCUCUGAAAUCCUCAAUAUCAUGGGAAGUUGUGGGCAUUACCAUAAAGAUUUUUAAUUUUUUUUAUUAAGACCCUAUCUCCACCUUGUGUGUGAUCGCAUAUUAAGAAGCUUUUAAAAAAUGGCUUUUAAUAAUUUAUUUGUAUGAUUUAUUGCUUCACAGCUUCCAUCACAACAGUCACACAAACAUACUGUAUAGAGAUAAGACUGUAUAACAGGCUCUCACUCAUAAGCAUGAUAACCAUGAUGAUUAUAAUGAAUAUAUUUAGUGUUGAUGUUUCAUGCUUUUAUUUCUGCAUUUUUAAAAUUACAUUCCAACACUCAACCUAUCUGAUCAUUCUAACCAUAAAAAAGAUAAAUAGUUCAUGAGUGGUCUUUCAAUGAUGUAGGCCUAUCAGUGUUAGACCACUUUUAACUGGCCCAUCGCUCUAAUGGUGUGUAUUAUUAUGGUAAUAUGGUAUGUUGCACUGAUAUUGUACUGAGACAUGGAACGGACCUGUUAAGUGGUAAAAUUGAAUUGGAUCUAUCAAAUGUGUGCUUUGAAAAGUUCAAUCUGUGUUAAUCAGACGUAACCUUUUCAUUGACAUACAUUAUGAAAUGACUAUCUGACCAUUUGCUGUUGCACACUGAUCAUCUGAAGUUAUAAUGACGUAUUUUUUUAAUCAUUUUUAUUAGUUUUCAGUUUUUUAUUUUAAAAUUUUUGUUUUUAUAUAUGAGUUUAAGAAAAUCAAAACAUGAAAUUGCAUUUUAAACCUAUUAUUUGCAAAGAAUGAGUAUCACAUUGUUAAUUAAAGUCAAAUAUGUAAAUAGAAAUAUUCAAGAACAAUAAUUUCUGUAUGUCAGCCUAAUUUCUCUGACUUUACGUCCACCUGUUCUAUGUGAACAGACCUGGCUUUUGUUCUCAGCAGGUCAUAGGCCUACUACUGGGUUUGCUUUUGUCCCACAUUGUUGUAUAUACAUGU